AGGAAUUACGGAAAUUGAGUUGGUCUGGCAUUCCCAAACGGGUUCGUCCAAUUGCAUGGAAGCUUCUUUCGGGCUAUCUUCCUGCAAAUGUGGACCGAAGAGAAAGCACUUUAAAAAGAAAACGCAAAGAGUAUUUUGCAUUUGUUGAACAAUACUAUGAUUCCAGAAAUGAUGAAAAUCACCAAGAUACCUAUAGACAGAUCCAUAUAGAUAUCCCACGCAUGAGUCCUGAAGUGUUAAGACUUCAGCCCAAAGUAACAGAGAUCUUUGAACGAAUUUUGUUUAUCUGGGCAAUACGUCAUCCAGCCAGUGGAUAUGUCCAGGGCAUAAAUGAUCUUGUUACUCCUUUUUUUGUAGUCUUCAUUUGUGAAUAUAUAGAAGAAGAAGAAGUGGAAAAUUUUGAUGUUUCCAGUCUGCCUGAAGAAGUGCUGCAGAACAUAGAAGCUGACAGUUAUUGGUGCAUGAGCAAGUUGCUUGAUGGUAUUCAG